ACAUGUGUGACUCCGCGCCUUAGUUGAUACAAAAUCGUUUUUAGUGGUGGCGGUGGUGGCAACAACACUACACUGCCCAUCGUGAUCGACACUGUUUUCUUCCGGGACUUGUUGUGUGAUUCUUUAUUUAGUAUAGCUAAACUAAAUAAUUAUUCAAUUAAUUUAGUAAAUCUGAGAUAUAAAUAAAUUGAAAAUGACUGCCGAUUGCGCAAUUAGCAAUGAACAAGUGAUUUUUGUUACGGGAGGUUAUGAUCAUACUAUCAAAAUAUGGCAACCGCAUACGGGUGUCUGUCAACGUACUUGUCAACAUACAGAUUCUCAAGUUAAUGCAUUGGAUAUCACACCAGACAAAUAUGUUGUAGCUGCUGCUGGAUAUCAGCAUAUACGAAUGUAUGAUCUAGCUUCAAAUAAUCCGAAUCCAGUUAUUAACUAUGAAGGAGUAUCGAAAAAUAUUACCAGUUUAGGUUUUCAGGAAGAAGGAAAGUGGAUGUAUACUGGAGGAGAAGAUUGUUCUGCAAGAGUAUGGGAUUUGAGAUCCAGCAGCUUUCAAUGCCAAAGAAUAUUUCAAGUAUCUGCACCUGUAAAUUGUGUAUGUUUACAUCCCAAUCAAGCAGAACUAAUUGUUGGCGAUCAAAGUGGAGUCAUACAUUUAUGGGAUCUUCGUUCCGAUCAUAAUGAACAAUUAAUUCCUGAAGCUGAAUCUUCGAUUCAAGAUAUUACAAUAGAUCAAGAUGGCACUUACAUGGCUGCGGUAAACAAUAAAGGACACUGUUACAUUUGGACGCUUUCAGGAGGUAUCGGAGAAGAACCUACCAAACUUAAUCCUCGUCAUAAGCUUCUAGCUCAUAAACGUUAUGCCCUCCGCUGCAAAUUCAGUCCUGAUUCUACAUCAUUGGUAACAACAUCGGCUGAUCAGACUGCGCGAGUAUGGAGAACAACAGAUUUUUCCGAAGUACAAGUACUUCAACAUGAGGCAAAACGUUGGGUUUGGGAUGCGGCAUUUAGUGCAGAUUCUCAAUAUGUAUUUACCGCUUCUUCAGAUGGAGUUGCAAGAUUGUGGAAUGCAUCUACAGGAACAGUAGAACGAGAAUAUCAAGGACAUCAGAAAGCUGUCACAGCACUUGCUUUUCGCGAUGAAAUUGUUUCCGCGAGCUAGAAAUAACAAAUAAAUAUUUAAACAUUUUUUUUUAGAUACAACAACCUGUGAGUGAUUCGAUUUUGAAUGAGAAUAAAUUUUCAGAGUUUUAUAAUUUGACCGCUAAGAAUGACUCCAAGGAGAGUCGAAACGUACAAUAAUAAAAAUUUUUGUGCUUAAAUAGUUUGAUGUGAAUUUAUCUAUGUAUUAAAUUCUGAUAAACUACGCGCCCUAUUUCCUAUUUUUUUUUAUUGUGUAUUUAUAUGAACGACCCAAUGAGAUAAUACAAUU